GAAGAGGGCAGCGGUGUUCGGUGGUCUCUGUGCCCAGCAGCUGGACCCCAGGCCCAGAGCAGGAAGCCCAGUGCGGCGACCCCAUGGACCUGCCAGGGCAGAUCUCCUUUGCCCUCUACCUGGCGGCCUUUGUGCUGGGCUUCCCUCUCAAUGCACUGGCUCUGAGGGGGGCUGCUGCCCACGCCCGCCUGCGCCUCACGCCCAGCCUGGUCUAUGCUCUGCAGCUAGGUUGCUCUGACCUCCUGCUGGCGCUCUCACUGCCUGUGAAGGCAGCUGAGGCGCUGGCCGGGGGAGCCUGGCCCCUGCCCACCCCACUCUGUCCAGUCUUUGGGCUGCUGCAUUUUGCCCCGCUCUAUGCAGGCGGCAGCUUCCUGGCGGCCCUGAGUGCAGGCCGCUACCUGGGCGCCGCCUUCCCGCUGGGCUACCAGGCCUUGCGCAGGCCCUGCUACUCCUGGGGUGUGUGCGCAGCCAUCUGGGCCCUGGUCCUCAGCCACCUGGGGCUGGUGUUUGGACUGGAGGCUCCGAGAAGCUGGAUAGACAACACCACCUUCUCCCUGGGCAUCAUCAACCUGCCGGCCAAUGGCUCUGCUGUCUGCCUAGAGGCCUGGGACCCAGCCUCCGCCGGCCCUGCCCGCCUCAGCCUCUCCCUGCUGCUCUUCUUCCUGCCCCUGUGCAUCACCACCUUCUGCUACGUGGGCUGCCUACGGGCACUGGCCGGCUCAGGCCUGAGCCACCGGAGGAAGCUGCGGGCGGCCUGGGUGGCCGGAGGGGCUGUGCUGACGCUGCUGCUCUGCCUGGGGCCCUACAAUGCCUCCAAUGUGGUCAGUUUCCUGCACCCCACCCUGGGUGCCUCCUGGAGGAAGCUGGGGCUCAUUACUGGGGCCUGGAGCGUGGUGCUCAAUCCACUUGUGACCGGCUAUUUGGGACAGGGGACAGCCCGGGGGACGUCCUGUGUGGCGAAAACGAAAGGGGGGACAUCUCAGAAGUAGGGAGGAAGGGGUGCAGAGCAAGAGAAGUUGGCU